AUGACCUUACAUAGCCUCUACCGGUUUCGGGAACGGACACAGCCGACGAAGACUUAUGAAGCUGAAGUGUGCAACACCUGCGAGAAAGUUUCAGUGAUCAACUGCCGUGGUGUCAUUGGCUGCUUGGUCGAAAUGGCUUUGGCGUCAUUCGUUUUGAAAUUUUUCAUCACUGGUGACUCGUUAGCCAUCGCUGGAUCGACACUGACCGUCCUUUAUACCUUUCAUCAAAUUACCGUUGCGCGCCAUCUUCAAAAGGAACUCAAGAAGAACAAGAGCAAUCGCAACACUCUUGAGGAAACCCGUGUCAGCAAUACGGUUAACAGGUUCCAGCCAGGUCAAAUUCUUGCAGCCAACUUGCUAAUCCUCCACGCCGCUCUGUGGGCCAUCGUCCGUUCCACCCUCCACCUUACCUUCACCAUCAAGCAAGUAAGGAAUCCCGACCCCGAUCCACAGAGAUCCCAACUAUACCCCAUGGAAUGGAACAUGGACCGUAGCGACAUGAAGCACCUCUGGGGUACCAUCCAAACCUUCACCUGGGGAACGUUGCUAUUCACGGCAAUUCCCAUGCUCUGGAUGGUCAAACAAUUCUUCCCCAAAGUCUUCCUGCCCAGAGCGCGCACGCUAUCGCUUCUGUGGAACGUGGUGCUUGUCUUUGUCUUUUCCAUUCUUUGGAUAGUUAACAGCUUCGGGACAACGGCAUCGCAUGGCGUUAGACUUGCCAUGCUGGCGUGGGUCAAUCUCAUCAUGGUCAGUCUUCUUUCGUCCAUGGUCGAGAUCCAGAGACAUGCAACAAGAGCAAAAGUUCAAGAUGUCCCAUUGAUGAAUGGACAAUGGGGCAAGAAGAGGUGCGCCAAGAUGGACCUGAGCCUAGAGGUACUAAAGGUGUUUUGA